CCCAGCCUGCUAUAUGAAGAGCCAAUAUUUACAUUGGCUACAUUUGCAAAUGGAGCAUUACGAAAAUAAACAAAUUUUCAUAAAUGACAAGUACAAAGGGUGCAGGAGCAGCAGCUGGAGAUGGAGUGCAGAAGGGCAAUCGCAGAUGGAGCAGCACCAGCAUAGCCGCACAAAGGAUGCCCUGCUGACAAUAAGUGUAUUUGCAAUGGGCGAGGCGGGUCUGCAAUUGGGGCAUGUAAAUUGUCGCAGCAGCAACAGCAGCAGCAGCAGCAGCCAGGAUGAGGCAGAGAACGGCAAUGAAACUGGGAAAUCCUUGAUAGUCGAUAUUAUUUUUCUUACGGCGCUCCAUUUGUUCCUUGGCUGCAAUUUGUCAACUUUGCUCGCCGUUGCCGUUGCCAUUGCCUUUUCUGUUGCCUUUGCCUUUGCCUUUGCCAUUGCCGAAUCGAUUUCCAUUUUAUUGCCAAAUAAUGUUUUUUUACCCAUCGAUUGCGUCAUGUUAUUUAUAAAGCCGGGUCGCAAAAGGGGUGCUGCUGCAGUCGCAAAAUGUAAGAUGCGCAAUAAAUCGAAGCCCAAGGUGUGCCAGCGAAGACCUGCUGCCAACUUAUCGCCAGCUCUUAGACUUUGACUAAUAGUGCCUUCUAAAACUUCUGAACCAGAUCUUGGGACUUUGUAUGGCCAGCCAAAAUCAGCCAGCUGGUCAAACUAAUUAAGGGCCAAACAAUGGGCUCAAAUACAUAAAUCAAUCAAGCACUAAACAACUUGACGAGUGUCAUGUCGCACAUCGGCCAACCCAGCCCGAAUAACAAAGCACACUUACUGAAUGAUUAAUCGUAGUGCAGGAAUUACAAGGCUUAGGGCAAGAAAGGGAAGGAAUGCCUUUUGCACGCAAACUCAAGUCUCACAGCGCCUUGAAUUCAAAAACGUUUCAGUUCAGGUUUAUUUAAGGCAAUCCUGAUUACUGUUCGCUUAGAAAAUGCAACCCAGUUGUAUUAUUUAAAUUUGAAGCCUGAAGUUUAUUUCUAAAGGUUGCAUUUGUUUAUUUCUUAAAACUGGCCGAGAUGGGUA